UCAGUCCGUUUCAGUCCGUUUUGUUGUCGUCGGUCACGUUUACACUGAGUUGUUUUUAACCGGAUUUUUAGUGAAACUCCCUUAGUUCCGCGCUGCUUAUCGUAGCCCGAGGUCGAAGUGCGCCAAGAUGUUGCGAGACUUGCGACUCGUCCCUGCGGAUUGUCGCGGCAAUUAGAGCCAGCGAGAGGCACCGUGUAACCUACUCGGGAUUUAGGUUAGAAUAACCCACUUCCCAUUCCAGCGGGGUCUCUACAAUGAGAAGAUUUAAGAAAUCGACCAAUCAUAAUAGCAACGUCCGUCUCUGUUAAAUGGUGAUCACCGGUGCCAUGGAGAGGAGGAUAAAGCUGAAAACCCUCAAUAGUCACAUAACAUGCAAGAUAUGCCGCGGAUAUCUGAUAGACGCCACGACUGUCACCGAAUGCUUGCACACGUUCUGCAAGAGCUGUCUGGUGAAGCAUCUGGAGGAGAAGCACACCUGCCCGACGUGCCAGAUCGUCAUACACCAGUCACAUCCACUACAGUACAUCAGCUUCGACAGAACCAUGCAGGAUAUCGUCUAUAAACUGGUGCCCGAUCUCCAAGAAAAUGAGACCAAGAGGGAGCGAGACUUCUACAGAGCCAGAGGCUUGCCCUGUCCCAAGGAUAUCCUACCUAAUACCGGUGAGAUCGAGGAGGAUAAAGCCAAUGCGGAUACCCACGCUGAGUCGGACUACCACCGUACCGAUGAACAGGUUAACGUAUGUCUGGAGUGUAUGAACUCUAGUUUGAAGACGUUGAAGAGAAGAUUUCUCAGGUGUUCGGCCCAGGCUACGAUAACACAUGUAAAGAAGUUUAUCGCCAAGAAAGUUCUAAACGGCAUGGAGAAAUAUAGAGAUAUCGAUAUUUUGUGCAAUAACGAGUUACUAGGUAAGGACCACACGUUGAAGUUCGUUUAUGUGACGAGAUGGAGGUUCCGGGACCCACCGUUGAGGCUACAAUAUAGAUCACACAUAGACAUGCAGGAUUAAUCUUCCCAUGUUCGAGAGAUGUAAUGAGAAAUCACCGAAGACUUUUGCUCCCUGCUUUGUACAUUUUUUAAAAUUCCGUUCCCACGUUACUCUACGUCCGUAGUACUUACACUCCGUAAGUUUAUCCGCAAAUUUACGUAUUGAAAUACGAAGGAAAAAACACUUUCAGUUCAGCGAGUCAGUUUUGAUGUACGCCGAUCUCGGAAAUUCUGCGCUUUUUCUUAUCAUCAUCAUCGAUUUCUCCCCUCGAUAAUUAUAAAUACGGCCGCGUCCACGUAUUUAUAGUUACACACAUUUCUCGCGUGUAAGAAUGAUUUGUCUCAAGGCCGGAGAUUAAUUGUCAGAUGCCGCUUUAUCGUGUUCGAGAAUCUAUACGUUACCUUCUUUGUCGCUUAAAGUCUCGUGCUUGCGUACGUGUAAUGUGUAAAGUGUCGAAACUUAGCGCGAACAAGCGUCGCGGCCUCUAUUUUCCAAAAUGAUGAUGCGGAAACUUGUACGAGCGAGACUUUUUGCGUUUAACUGUGCGAAACGACGUUUACGGUUUCUCGUUUUGCGAAAAAAAAGAAGGUAUCCCAGUUUGUACAUAGAAUAUUUUUGACAGAACUCGGACGACGUUCGCGCGUAGACGCGAAGCUAUGUACUAGGUGAAAGAGGAAACCGGGUCCGAGCGUUCGUCUCCGGGCCCUUUUUAACUUUGUAUGUUUACGCGCCGUGCAUAUUCUAAUCGCGCCGCUGGUCUCCCCCGACGCCGGCUCGCGACAGAAAGAAUAUUGUUAUAGAGUGGCGGCGUUAUAUUUUCCUCGAGAGAUUCGCCAACUCGGCGACGGCGUCGCCGCAUCGAGCGAGGCCCGCGGCGCUCUCUCGUCGCUUGUAGUAAAGUGAUAUCUUGUUUCUCGUCUGAUAAUGUUGAGCGAAGAAUUUACGGAAAGACAAAGAGAACAACCACGGUGUGUGUGAUUGUAUAUAAACAUUAGAGAGAGAGAGAAAAUAUCGAACUCACACUUUGCGAAGUAGCGGCAUUUCGAGAAGAUGCUAGAGCUUGUACGUUGUACACUGUAUAUGUGUAUCUCUAUAAAUUAUUGAAUAAAUAUGUUUUGUACAGUAAACUCGAGCAG